AUGGCGCCGCGGCUCAAGAACAUCGAACCACGGAUGAUCGAGGCGAUUGAGAACGAGAUUCUGACGGACACACAGGGCGUGUCGUGGGACGACAUUGCGGGGCUGCAGCAGGCAAAGAAGGCAGUGCAGAUGGCGGUGAUCUACCCGCUGCUGAAGCCAGAGCUGUUCCAGGGCAUCCGGGCACCACCCAAGGGCCUGCUGCUGUUUGGGCCGCCGGGGACGGGCAAGACGCUGAUCGGGCGGUGCAUUGCGAGCCAGGCAGGUGCGACCUUUCGUCAACAUCUCGGCUGGAUCGGCGAAGGAGAGAAGAUGGUGCGGGCGCUGUUUGCCGUGGCGCGGGUGCGGCAGCCGACGGUGAUAUUCAUCGAUGAGAUCGACUCGCUGCUGACACAGCGCACGGACGGCGAGCAGGAGGCCACGAGACGCAUCAAGACCGAGUUUCUGGUGCAGCUGGAUGGCUGCGGCUCAUCCAACGAGGACCGCAUCAUCCUGCUGGGCGCGACCAACCGCCCGCACGAGCUGGACGAGGCCGCACGGCGCCGCUUCCCCAAGCGCCUGUAUGUGCCGCUGCCCGAUCGCGACGGCCGCCGCACGAUUGUGCGGAAUCUGAUGCGCAAGCAGACCCACGAUCUGACCGAUCAGCAGCUGGAGCAGAUCUGCGAUCAGACCGACGGGUUCUCGGGCGCCGACAUGGACUCGCUGUGUCGCGAGGCGGCCUAUGGCCCCAUCCGGUCCAUAGCUGACAUUGCGACUGCCAGCGUCGAGGACGUGCGGCCCAUCUCGCACGCCGACUUUGCCUAUGCGCUGCGCCAGGUGCGGCCCAGCGUCAGCGCCAAGGACCUCGAGAUCCACAUAGAAUUCAACAGAACGUACGGCAUGUCGUCGGCCUGA